CAAGUUUUUCACUCGAUAAUAAAGGUCGAGACAUUCUUCACAUUGCAUCUAUGAGAGGAAAAAGCAAGAUGGUAAAAUACCUAUUGAAGCACCCGAAGAUCAAUUCCAAAACUGUGAAUGAGAAAGACCUGCUAAAUGGAGACACCCCACUGCAUCUGGCUUCAAGAAAGUUGUAUCUUUGGACUUUAGACCAUCUAUCACGAGACAAAAGAAUAAAUGUGAACGUCGUAAAUGACCAGGGUUUAACAGCUAUUGAUAUUAUCGGAAGCCAAAGAAAAUCUCUAAUGACUCGUAUAGAGCUAGCAGCAUAUAUGAUUCUAAUAUUGGCCGGUGCCUCACUCAAACAUAAUACUAAGCUGAGAUCAAAUCAUGUAGUGAAAAAAGCAUGGAAUGAGGAUGAUGCGGCUAACACACUCAUAAUUGUGGCCGUACUGGUAGCCACAGUGACAUUUGCUGCUGGUAUCACAAUGCCAGCUGGAGUAUACAGUUCGGAUGACCCAGUCCCUAAAAAAAGAGGCAUGGCAGUGUUGACUGAUCAAACCCUGUUCAAAACAUUUAUGACUUUCAACACCACUGCCAUGUAUUUAUCCACUUUCGGUACUAUUCUUCUUCUUUGGAGGCAAUUGCCUGAUCGUCAUGUUUCAAGACGAGCGUAUAUUAUCUCAACAUAUUUUGUCCAUCUGGCUCUUGGAACCAUGCCAGUGGCAUUUAUGGCUGCCAUAUGUUUGGUUGUUAGAAAUGAUAGCUUUCUUGCAGAUCUUACAAGUAUCAUCGGAUUCAUCUUUGUUUUCCUUAUAUUACUCCUUGGCUUUUUAGGAUAUUUUCCUAAGAGAUCAAUUCGCUUUCCGGUUUUCCAUCAAGUUGUACGACUUGGUAUUUGGUUUGGUCUUUUUUUAUUUUAUGGGAGUAAGGAUGGUAGGGUUUAUGCUGGUAAAAUCCAACAAGACGAAGACAGUGCCACGCAAGAGAAGAACCGUGUCAACUCCCCUUGAUAUAUAUUGUAGAACCCAGUCGAAAGCUUUCUCAGUAAUUGGGUAAUUAAUGUUUUGUUCA